GAGCGAGAGGUCUCUUCAUGGCAGCGCGAGUGGUGGCGUGACGGUUAGCUUAUAGUAGUACGUGUGCUUGUUGUUGGGGACAGGCUUGUUGGGGCUGAGGCUAGAAGCCCAAGAGAGGGAGAGAAACGCCUGUGACACUCACCUGACUGCACAGAAUCCAUAGAACCCGGCAGACAGGAUUUUACAACCUGCGGAGACGCACAAGGGAACCACACGCCCGGGGAGAACGUAGAACCGACAGAACCGAGGGGAGGAACCGAGAGGGAGCCGGAGCCUGGUGCUGAAGCUGGUAUGAGAGAAGUUAAGGGAGAGGGCUGUUGAGGUGUCUGGGUGUGAUUGGGCACCCUCUAGUGAACAUUACUACUACUACUACUGCGACCACCAAGCUGAGGAAUCAGAUAUUUUCUGUCUUGGCUACUUUUCGCCCAUUGAGCAAUUCAAGAGGCCUCCGGUUCAGGGUUAAAUAGACACCAUGUGGUGUUUGGAGCUGCUUCUGCCGCUGUUGCUAAUCAUCAAAGAUGUCAGUGGCCAGUGGAACGUAUGGAUACCCAGGGACAUCUCGGCCAUGACCAACUCCUGCGUGGUCAUCCCCUGCACAUUCAUGUACCCGUCCGGUAUCCGUCUGCACUACGGCAUCCACGGAAUCUGGUACUUUGGCCAGCCCUACCCCCAGCUCUUCCCACCUGUGGUGUUCAAGACGCGCACAGAUAUCGUACAUGAAAGUUACCAAGGGCGUACCAAGCUCAUCGGGGACCUGCACCAGAGGAACUGCACUCUGCUCAUCAGUAAUAUUGGUACAGAGCACUCAGGGAGGUACUACUUCCGUGCCGACCUGGGCGGUGCCAACAUCUACACUUACCCAGACUUCUCUGAGCUCAAGGUGCUGGACCAGCCGAACAUUGACAUCCCUGAGGAGAUAGUCGCUGACGAGAAUCUGGAGUUGACCUGCUAUGCUCCAGACAACUGUCCAGAGAAUAGCCCAGAGAUCCAAUGGAUGUACACAGACUACCUGCCUGAACCUGAGUAUACCUCAGACUACGUGGCAGAGAGCAACACAGCCGUGCUGUCCAGCACGCUCACCUUCACCCCCAGGCCCAUGCACAACGGUCAGCUGCUGGGCUGCAGGGUCUCCUACCCCAACACCACCCUGGUCUACGAGAGACUCAUCUCUCUGGACGUCAAGUAUGCCCCUCGCUCGGUGUGGGUGAACGUGUCCGCGGAGGUGAUGGAGGGCAGCUCGGUAACGCUGCACUGCGAGGUGGACAGUAACCCUCCUCCCAGGAUCUCCUGGCUAUUUGGGGACCAGGAGCAGCUGUGGGACACAGCCUCCAAUGCUUCGCUCUCCCUGGAGGACUUAACCCCCUCUCAGGAGGGUAUCUACACCUGUGUGGGGGAUAACGGCUACGGCGUCAUGAACACGUCCAUGUACCUGGCCGUCUUGUACCCUCCCAGUGAGCCAGUGGUAAAUGGCUCCCUGACCAUUUUGGAAGGUUCCUCCAUCUCCCUGCAAUGUAGCACACAAGGCAAUCCCACGCCCACCCUCACCUGGCUGAAGGACGGGGAGCUGGUGGGCACCAUCACGGCCGCAGAGGUGUCUGUGCUGGAGCUUCUGAAGCUCACCCCUCAGGGAGACGGACAGUACCGCUGCCUGGCAGAGAACGAACACGGACGAGCCAGCAGCUCCCUCAACAUCACUGUGGAAUACGCCCCAGUCCUUCUGGACGAGUCCAAGUGCACAGUGGUGAGGGAGGGAGUCCAGUGUGUUUGCAUGGCUACGGGUAACCCUGCUCCCAUCAUCGAGUUCUACCUCCCCGACAAGAACAUCACCGUCAACGACACGGACGGCCGCUACAACUACUACACGCACACGGACGGCCACACGUCCACGGGCAUGAUCAAACUACGGGAGAAGGGCGAGCGCCUGGGCAACGGUGCUGUCAAUGUGCACUGCAGCAUUAGCAACACGUACGGGUCGGAGAGCUUUCAUCUGGAGCUACAGCAGGAGAAGAAGUACAUGAUGGCAGUGAUCGUUGGCACCAUCGGUGGAGUGGCUGUCAUCGCCUUCAUCAUCGCAGCAGUGAGAUAUGUGGGCCAUAACAACAAGAAAGAGAAUGGCAACCCUGGGCAGGACCUGGUCUCUAAACUGGAGAACCCAGCAUUGUACUACAGCACAGUCAAGAAGGACAAACAAUGUUUGAGGAAGAAAGUGCUUAAGACAGAGCUUCUGGGCUCAAAGUUUAACUCCAUUCUAGAGGAGAGCACGGGAGAAGACGGGGAUUAUCAACCUGUGGGCUCUAUGGCAGACCUGGAGAGGCAAGAGCUGAACUAUGCCGCCCUGGAGUUUCUGGGGGGGCGCUCCAGGGAUGGGGGGACCUCAGGGAGGGGGGAUGACGGCAGCGACUACACCGAGAUCAAGGCCAAAUGAAUCGCGAUCCUUCCCUGACCCAUCGUCACCGCGGGACACAGUGGCAGCCAUGUUGUCGCCCCCUUCCUCACGUCAUUCACCCCCUCUUCAAACGUCUUCCCCCCUCCCCCGUGGACACCAUCACCACCCUUCACCAUCACACCGAGAUCCCCCAUCGUCUCCCCCCGUCCCUGACUCAUUUCAAAUGAUGCCCCCGUUAGUUGACCCCCAAGCCUCCAGGGGGAGCCCCAGUGACAUCUCGCCACCCAGGACUGCUGGUAGCUACUUGCAAGGUCGGAACACGGCCCAGUGGACAAUGUAAAAAGAUCUUUGUAUUAUCAGCAGCUCUCGGUCUCCCAGCUCUUACCCUACUGGUCAUAGUCACAACAUUUCCUCAUAACAGGUACAAUGUUUUAGUUACUGUACUGUAUCAUCUAGAUUCAAUGUUGCUAUUCCCAUCUCUAUACCAUUAAUUGUUGGCAUUGCUAUCAAGCUUGGGACACAGUAACACAUUUUCUGGGGCUCCCCUUCUGUAUGUCACCCUAUAUCAUACUUAUAGCUAGCCUGGUUAAACCAGAUUGAACGCUGCGCUCACCAGUUUUCCUGUGAAAGGCAACGCAAUCAGCUUGGAUACCAGGCUAACUAUCUAGAUCUGUCCAUUAUAGUCCUUCUCCACUGUGUCCGCUGCCAGUCGAAGUGUCUGGGAAAGGGGUGUAUUUUGUGCUUUUUACUUUCUUAUCUCUAUUUCUGACCCUGGACCUGGAGGAAAUGAAGGAUCUCUUCUCUCUUCCUGAUCCAGUGGUUGUCAACACUGACCAGUGUUCAACAAACGUCAGGCCUGAUACAUAUCCAACUGAAGCCAGUCAUCUUCAUCUCACAUAUUCUGCUCCCACAUAUAGUUCAAUAGUGAUGUGUGCUGUGACUCAGUGGCUUUUUGAUGAUGAUGAGAAAUGAAUAUUUAUUUGAUUUUAUAUAAAGAGAGAAGAUGGAUACUCUUAGAGGUUUGUCCAGCCUUGAACACAAGGUUCUGUUCGUCCAAGAAAGUGGGCUGAUUUUUUAGUUCUUAUGCAUUAUAAGCACUGGUUGAAUUGUGGUUUGCUCUUCGGGAACUGUGCCGGGCUAACACAGAAUGUUCUGUUUAUGCUGUUGCCCAUGAUUUAAUUAUAGCAUUUUUGGACGAUUUCUCUGUUUUGCUAAGGAUAAGUGUUAACUUAUCCUUAAAUGGGAACCAAUGGGUUAGAAUACAUUUUUUGGAUCAAUCUGGCAUACAUGACUCCACGGUAGCACUUGCACAGCAGGCCAAAAUGUAUCUCGUUGAGACAAUGUGUGUGUGUGUGUGUGCAAACAGUGCUGAAAGAUCAGCGAACACUGAUCACAGUGUUUCAAAGUAUCACUUUACCGGAGACCGCUUCUCCCAAAAUGUCUUCUUCAAUGGUUGUGAAUUGUGAAAUCGAAGCCUAAUCCUAUACGGUUGUAUCAGAUGAGGCGUUUGAGUGGCACAACAUUAAAGCUGAUAUACCAGUUGGUUGUGCUGUUCAAAUAUACGUGAUCAACUCAUGUAAUGUAAUCCCCAAGCUCACUAAUGGCAUCACUUGAUAACAAUGACUGUUAAUACAAUAUUAAUAAGCUGCAUAUGGAUGGGUAAAAAGAUACCAGUAUACAUUAUGUAAAUAAAUACCCUGCAUGACUAUUAUGCUGUCAGCCAUAUGUGUAAAAAUACUACGGUAUGUACAGUACAUGCUCAGUAUUACAACAAUGAUUUACACAGGCAAGUCGGAUACAGGUUUGGUAACACUUUAACUGACUUCUCUGUCAUAAGGGUGACAUAACGCUGUCAUAAGGGUGACAUAACGCUGUCAUAACAUAACACAUGUCAUUUUCGGUCGUGAAAACUGAUGUCAAAAUACUGACAACCCUUUACACUGUCAUGACACAAAUGGAUAUUUAUGUAAAUUAGUUGGCUAGCGGUAUCCUAAGCCAAUAAGCUGACUGAAGCAAAGAUUUGUGCCAUGAAGGUGUCAAGUCAGCUGUCAAGCUUAUGUCAGCUGUCAUGACUGUUAAUAACAUAUUUUAUGUAAUUGUUCUGACAUGGUUUAGUCACUAGAAGUAAUGUCAGAGUGCUCAAGAUGUGUUACCCAACGUUGAGACAUGCCAAUAUGGACAUCAGUUUAGUAACACUUACUGUCGUCAGUUCUCUUGAACGCCACAUGGGGGGGUUAAUUUCUUUCUAAACCUGGAAACAAAAUGGAGAAGCGCUGUUCAUGUCUUAUCUAAUUUGUUUGUCACAUAGUGUGUUGGAAAGCAGAUUUGUACUUUCUUUACUUUGUGGUAUUCAUUAUUGUUAUUGUGAUGAUUUUUUUUUUUUAUAUUUUUGACACAAUAAUUCCGAUCAGAAUUCUGCAAUCCUUCUGCAAAUUACCACAGUUUUCACUUAAUGACAAUAUGAGCUCUAUGAUGAUGUUUGAUCACUCUCUUUAUUUUACAAGUCUGUCCCGCCUCAAGCAAAGCCAUCUUUCUUUGGGUCCAAACAACAAAUAAAUAAAGUAAACAACAGAGAAUGUGACCCACUCAGUUUAUCUAUAUAGUGUGUUAUCUGUUCUCUCAUACCCAAAACAGUAAGGAAAAUACACCCCAAAUACAUUCUAUAUCUCCAUGUAUUAGUAUGACUUUAUUAAUACAGUAUGUACCAGUUAUUCCUCCCACACCAGCCCUCAUUGUUUGCAGAAGCGACAUCACACAAAGCUUUUCUUUCAACCAUUUCACUUGAUAAUAUGUGCAAAUGUGUUACCUUGAUUAUCGACAUAACAUCUUUAUUAACAUAGUUGAACAUGAGGAAGAUAACAAAAACUUGUAGCUUCCUUAUGUGCUUUUACUUAAAAUACAACAUAAUUUGGUUAAAAUGUUGCUUUUUUUUGUUGUUGCAUAAAACCAGAGACAUUAACUCAGAAAAAGGUUUUAAUUCAUUCACAUAAAAAUGGUUUCUGCGCUUCCACACACAC